CUGUCCAAUGGCAUUGAGCCUGCCCCUUAGACUACCUUACCCGAAAAGUGCGAAUACGAUAGGAAGUACGAAAGGCUCCACGGAACAGGUACAGGUUGUACCCCCUCUAUUGACCGUUCUUCAAUCUUUCAACGGUACGCGCCAACAAGGCCUCUGCGUACUUUAGCUACUAGGCCGGACCAGCUUCACCGAGGUUAUUUCUUGCGGCAAAGAUGCCGGCCUAGAUCUUGCGAGCAUCGACCUAUCGUCUCGACCCUCGAGAUCCUCCGCGCCAAUACACCGAACUCCUCGGACAAAUGCCGAGUACGAAUAUGCAGUCGAACCCGUCCAGACGUUCCCACCCAAAGACUCGAACUGGUUGUAAGACCUGCAAGACAAGGAAGAUCAAGGUAUGCGCACGCCAAAUUUUUCCUUGGAACACGCGCAACUGGACGGCCUAUAACAAUGGCGAUGGGCUUAGAGACGCCUGUGCUAGUAUUAUUACUGGACUUGGACCCGGCGAAGCCGAUGGGAUGGCUAUGUCGGCGUCGACCGGCAUGUAAAAACUGCAUCAAGCAUGGCGUUGCGUGUGGCUUUCUGGCGUCCCCGUCGUUGGAUCCGAUGCUAUCCCUGUCUCAACAUGCCGGCGACCUGAACUUCCUCGAUCUCGAGCUGUUGCACCACUAUUGCAACUUCACCGCCCAUACUCUUUCCGAGAACCCUCUAUUGCGCGAGUUUUGGCGCAUCAAUGUUGUCAAGUUGGGACUUGAAUGCGACUACGUCAUGCGCAGUAUCCUCUCCCUAUCGGCUCUCCACAUUGCGCAUUUGAACCCGGAAAGGAAAGAUAGCUUGCUAGAGAAGUCCAUGGCCCAUCACGAAAUGUCGUCGCGGACGGCCGUCAACUUGAUGCAAAACGUACAAGACGAGAACAAGGCACCACUGUUUAUCUUUUCAGUCUUGACCAUCUACAUCGUGCUUGCAAACUCCCGGUAUCUGAACGAGGCGCCCUUGGCCAGCUCAGAACAAUCUCCCGACUGGAUCGUCUUGUUCUGCGGGACAAGGUAUCUGGUCGGAGAGCCGAAUACAAAUCCCCUGAUUUCCCCAAUCAUUAGCCGAACAGUAGCGCACUUCCAGUUCCGAGAAGCUCCAUGCCAUCACACCCAUUUGGGAGAUCUGGAAGCCAACAUCAAUGCGUCGGAGAGCGACGACGGGCUUCUGGCUAUAUACAACCACGCCAUCAACGAGCUCUACAAAUCAUACGGCGUGUUCUAUGGAAGCUCAGAACCACAAGACAUCAUCAACGUCUUCAUCUGGAUAGCCAUGGUUGCCGAUGACUUUCUCCCCCUCCUGCGGGAAUCAAGGCAGAAGGCCUUGGUCAUUUUCCUGUAUUUCUGCAUGCUUCUCCGACAGCUACGCAGCCAGUGGUGGCUAGAUGUUUGGGCCAGCAAUCUCUAUGCAAAGACGUAUGAGCUGCUGGACGAGGAACAUAGGUCUUGGAUCAGAGAUCCAACAAUCCAAAACCCCGAUAUUUGCCUGUGA